GGAAUGUAAUCAUUUAGUUAACUACUUUUAUUUGCCUUAUCCAGGGAUUUAGCAUUUAGAAUUGCAGUUUUAACGCCCGUACAACUCCGUACCCGAAGGCUGAAGGCAUCAUACCUAGUUGACCUCACUAACUGGAGCUAGCGCGUCUUAGAUUAGUGGGUAGAGAGACUGCCGACGCGAUCUGUCACUUGCGGGUAAGGGACAGUAUAGCAUCAAGCGGGUAUUUCCAUCCGUUCGAUCGGCUUUACGAUUACAGUCAAGACUGUCAGUCGUUUUGCCACGCCUCCCCCAGGCAGUAAUUCGGGAUGUUCCGACAUAGGUAUCCAAAAUAUCUGAAAACUCAUAUUCAUUCAGUCUUAUCACACUCACAACUAGCGAUGCCGUGAUCUAGCGAUAUAUUCAUAAUUCUUCCGAAUUUAUCUCGAGUCAACUAGCGAAUAACAAGCUGAGGAUUACUCAAAUAAGACGGAAGGAGGCAGCAAAGAAGGCAGCUAUUUUCGUCAUGGCAUCCUCUCACCCACAAACACACUAUGAGGAUGGUGGUGACAACGCCAUCACGACGGAGACAACGCCUCUCCUGACAACCUCAUCACAAUCAGAUAAUGCCCGCGAAGGGUCGAAACCACCCAUCUCCUCAUCAUCACCACCUUCCACAUCAUCCCCCAAACCCCUCCCCAAAACGCAAAUCCUCCUCCUCUGCUACGCCCGCCUCGUCGAGCCCAUAGCAUUCUUCUCCAUCUUCCCGUACAUCAACCAAAUGAUCCUCUCCAACAGCACCCUCUCCGAAUCCGAAAUGGGAUUCUACUCCGGGCUCAUCGAAUCUCUCUUCAGCCUCACGCAGAUGCUCGUCAUGGUAUUCUGGGGCUACUUAUCCGACCGAAUCGGUCGCAAGCCCGUUCUCGUCUCCUCUUUAUUCGGGGUAGUCAUCGCAACCGCAUUAUUCGGUCUAGCGAAAUCCAUCCCGCAAAUGAUCCUCUUCCGUUGCGCAGCAGGUGUAUUCGCAGGAAGCAUCGUGACCAUCCGGACGAUGAUCUCAGAACUAUCCACCAAGCAAACGCAAGCCACGGCCUUCUCAUGGUUCGCGGUGGCAGGCAACAUAGGCAUAUUCAUCGGGCCGCUCAUAGGCGGCGCGCUGGCCGAUCCCGUAUCGCAAUAUCCAAGCGUCUUCGGGAAUUCGGCAUUCUUCACGAAAUUCCCCUACGCACUAUCCAAUUUCGCCGUCGCGGGGCUCGGUAUGACAGCAGUUCUCACGAGCGCACUAUUCAUACACGAAACGCUCCCUCGCAGCAUUCCCAAACCCGACAGCGAAACAGCAUCAGAAACACGCCCCCAUCGCACUUCCACCCGCUCUCUCGUCUCGUCCCCAGGUGUAUCCAUAGUCCUCUACAACUACGGGCACGUAAUGCUCCUGGCCUUCGCCUACACAGCCGUAGUCCCCGUAUUCUGGGCAACAUCCGUCUCUCUCGGCGGGUUAGGCUUCUCGUACCUCCAAAUCUCCUUAUUCAUGGCUCUCACAGGUCUAUCCCAAGCGAUCUGGCUUCUGCUCAUCUUCCCCCCUUUACAGCACCGAUGGGGUACAAACGGCGUCAUGCGCGCCUGCGGAAACGCAUACCCUUUCUUCCUAGGCUGCAUGCCUCUCUUGAACGCCGCGUUACGUCUGCAUUCGCGCGCUGGGGAUGUCGCGUUCUGGAUCAUGGCGCCGACGUUCUUGUCGCUUGGGCCGGGCGUUAGUAUGGCGUUUACAGGGGCCCAGCUCGCGCUCAAUGAUGUCUCGCCUUCGCAUGAGACGCUGGGCAUGCUGAACGCGCUGGCACUGACGUUGUCGAGUGGGUUGCGGUCGUUCUCGCCCGCUUUGUUUGCGAGUAUCUUCGCUAUCGGCGUGGGGAACCAGUUCUUUUACGGCUAUUUGGUCUGGAUUGUAUUGGUACUUCUGGCGCUGGGAUUCACUGUUUCGACGAGAUAUUUGCCCGAGACAAGUGAAGAGCCGCCUGAUAAUGAGCACGCUGAUUUGGAGGAGGAUGCAAGUGAUCGUGAUUCUAAUACGACUAUUAGAGAUUGAAUAGAUAAAGGAAUUGGGAAUAUUAGUACAUAUACGUAAAUUGCUAGACAAGGGUUUACUAUAUUUCACGCCUGGAAUAACAUACUAAGACUGUAGAUUUUGAACAUCUUGAACAUCAUUUUUAAUAGACACAUACUGAACGAUUGAAA